AUGAAUAAUAAUAUUUGGUACGGUGCUGAUGAUGCUCCCGGUGUUAUCGAUGUUGACAUUUCUUCCUCGGUGGCGAUGCUGGAUUACUCUUAUUACAACGACAACUCUGCUGAAUACACGAGCGAUGGUAGUGGUGGCAAAAUAGAAUACGUAUAUGUGCACGAUGAUGAUGAUAUACGUGAUGGUAUCUCUUCAAACUAUCGGCUCGAUGACGACGAGGAGGAAGAGGAGGAGGACAACGACAUCGUCGCUGAAGAAGAUUUUGUUGAAAUUGAAAAUUUGAGAGCGGGAGGAGAAGAAGAAGAGGAAAGCGCCCCGGUUGCUGUUGUUGUCAAAGGAGAGGAACUUGAAAACACAACUGAAGAGGAAGAAGAAGAUAGAAAGAUAGGAAGAGACUACUACACCGAGUUUGAUGAUUUUAUAAACGCGGUCGCUCUCGAAGAAGAAGAAGAAGAAGAAGAACAAGAAGAAAGAGAGGGUGUUCGCGCAAACAGUGAGAACAUGGAUGAGGAGGAACGGACGAGAGCAAAAGAAAGUGAGAAAGAAGAAGAAGAUAAAUUGGAAAGCUCUCAGAAGCGCGAGAGGAUAGGUUCGCACGACUCUGCGACAACUAGGACGAGAGAUGUUCAAGAAGAAAGCGAAAAGCGAUCCCAGACGGGACGCGCUCACGGCAUGGAAGGAGAAAAUGAAAGAAGAAAAAGAGGAGGAGGAGGAGAGGAAAUGAAGGGCGGCGUUUUUCGUCAUUUUAAUACGUUUACUAAGAGUAUCUCGCACGAUGUGAACGUGCGUUCUCUGCUCACAAAUGUACUGUUGGGGGAUAAAUGGGUCAUACAUUUCGAUGGAAUACCAUCGAUUCGGUUUCGAAUUGACUUCAACGUGGAAAAUUUUCGUACCUGGAAACGAUGGACCGCAACGCGCUGUUCGGAUAUUUCAAAGUGGCUUCAAAAGAGGAGGCGCGCAGCGGCUGAAUCUCGACGAAGACACAGAGAGGAAUAUAUUCGCUCCGUCACGAAGAGUCCGACGAAGGAAAAGAAAGAAGAGGGGACUCCCAAAAAACUUCUUCCGAUUUUUUCUUCGCGGCAAAAGAAAGAUGUUGCAAUAAAGGAUGAUAUUAACUCACCCCAAAGCGGAAUGAAUUCGAUCGACAAAGCCCCGAGUAGAAGCACGCCAAAGUCGUGGAAAGAGAAGGAGGAGGAAGCUUUAUUUAAGAUUUUAAACGCUCGGAAAAAGAAGGAAACGAACGGAAGAAACAACAACGCUGCAGCCAGCGACAAAACGAGAACACUUCCGUCAUCGAAAAUGUUCAAAGAUAAAAUAGCGAGGAGGGCAACUAUCUUGCUUCACAUUUGCCCCCCUAAAUAG